AUGACCACUCGCGCAGGUCCCGCCCGCGAGUACCACUGCAGGAGUCGCAACGGCAGCCUGUACGGCACUGUACUGCAGACCAUCAAGCUGCAGCCACCGCUAUCCAACAAGGCCGCCGUAGCUGAGUGCCAGAAGCUGUGUGACCAGGCGGCCGAUGACUGCUCCGGGUACUACUACAAGACCACCGGCUUCUGCACCCUCAUGACGGGCCAUGUAGUGUUCUCCAAGCCAUAUCCCGCGGAUUUCUACGCUUGUAUCUUUCACGGCUACAGCCCGGCUGCGCCCGAGGAACCCGUCCUCAGCCCUCCUCCCCUCCACCCUCCGCCGCCUGCACCAGGCCUUCCGCAGCUACCACCCUCCACUCCGCCACCCCUUCAACCAUCACCCGCACGGACACCUCCGUCCCCUCCAUCACCGCGCACACGGUCGCCUCCACGGACCCCGAAAAGUCCCCCACCAUCACCAAAGGCCCCGGUCACCAAGCCGCCGCCGCCAUCGAAUCCCGGGGUGCCCGGUGUACCGUCAACUCCACCAAGCCUGCCGCCGCCGGAGAAGCCGUCAUUGCCGCCGCCGCCGCAGGCAAUGCCUCCACCCUCGCCUCUUUCGAAGCCACCCCCAAGGCCCAGGCCAGCUCGCAGCCCGCCACCGUCGUCCUCGCCGCCUCCAUCCCCUCCGCCAUCCCUGCCGCCGCGGCUGCCUCCGUCGCCGCUGCCGCCUGCCCUGCCUGUCCGCAGCCCGCCGCCUACGCCUUCUCGUCGGCCACCGUUCCCCGUUCUCACUCGCACACCACCCUCCCCGCCGCCCCGUUCGCCACCUGCACCAGGCUCUAGUCGGGUGUACCGCUGCAAGAACGAGACCAGCGUUUACUCAUCACUUCCGGUGCUGCGAGUGUUGAAGCUGUCGCCGCCGCUACGCAGCAGCGCCGCCGUGAAAGAGUGCCGCCGCCGUUGUGACACGUUCGCGGGUGGCGCAUGCUCCGGGUUCUUUUACAAGAACACCGGCUACUGUACGCUGAUCGCCGGCGACGCGCGGUUCAGCGGCAAGCUCUAUCGCUCCGACAUCAUCGCCUGCGUAUUGCAACGGCAGCCAUCGACGCCGCGCUCGUCUUCUUCCCCUCGCCCUCCCCCUCCCCUAACGCCCAUGAACGCGCCUAGCCUGGGUUUUCCUUCUGCUGUGCCGUGCCAUGUAAAUGUCAGCAUCGGGCAUGAUGGCCACCCAAGCGAGCGCGACACAAAUGUUUCUGUCUUGACGUGGCUGUAA